UAUAGCGUUUGGUUAUUGCGUGCAAUUGAAGUUUUUACUGAAAACGCAGACGAUGCUAUUCAUUAGAUCAAUUCGAUUGACCUAUUUAUAGCAGACAGUCGUGAAAUGAAAACAGACCGAUUCCAAGAAAAAACUGUUAACGUGAAAAAGAGGCAAUGACGCGCAUGGCAGCGGUAUUAGUCGCCUGCUACCUGUUGGUUUUGGGCGUAGUCUGGUCCCAAAGUUACAACGACGAAGAUAUUUAUAAAAGCGAUGAUGGACCUCCAAAUUGGCAAUCGCGAGAUGCUUUUGAUGAAGUUCGAUACAAGCUUGACAAAAUUAACGUGGACAAUUGUCAGAUCCAGCGCCUUGACGACCUCUACCUGGAUCCUGACACUGUUUCACACCUGCCCGACAUCAAGGAGAUCAACAUCAAUCCUAUUUUUCCGAAUAGGACAGCACUGCUGCACCUGCACAACAUGGCUCUGACUAGAAGUUUCUAUUGGAGUUAUAUUCUUCAGUCGAGGAAUUACAAGCCACCCAUUAAUGACACCUAUGAUCCUGGAAUGAUGUAUUACUUCCUAUCUACUGUGGCUGAUGUAUCUGCCAAUCCGCACAUCAAUGCUUCAGCAAUCUAUUUUGCUCCCAAUAUGUCGUUUACAUCUUCCUAUAGAGGAUUCUUUAACAAGACCAUGCCUAGAUUUGCUCCUAGAACAUACAGGCUUGAUGAUUUCAAUGAUCCUGUGCAUCUUGAAAGAAUAUCUACUAGAAAUACAUUUUCAGUUCAGGAUCUGGGUGCAUUUCCUGCUAACCAACUCAGCAAGGAUUAUACAACAGACUACUAUAGAAUAAAUGAAUGGUACAAGAAGUGGCUGCCAGAUGAUCCAAAGAGACAUGACACCAAGAUAACGUACCAAGUAGAAAUUAGAUAUGCAAACAAUACAAAUAUUACUCACACGUUCCAUGGUCCCAGAGGUGCUCACGAGGAGGAUGGUCCAGUAAAGUGGAUAAGACCCUAUUUUGAUUGUGGACGUUCAAACCGUUGGCUUUUCGCAGCAGUUGUUCCAAUUGUAGAUUUGUACCCUCGUUACACUAGUUUUAGACACAUUGAAAUUCCCAGGUACACAGCUGUUUCAGUUAUGGAAAUGGACUUUGACAGGAUAGAUAUUAAUCAAUGUCCUCGAGGUGAAGGAAACAGGGGACCUAACAAAUUUGCUAAUACAGCUAGAUGUAAGCGCGAGACUACCGAGUGCGAGCCGCUGCACGGUUGGGGAUUCAGGAGAGGUGGCUACAUGUGCAGAUGCAAGCCAGGCUGGCGAUUACCUUUCACGGUAAGAGCACCCUAUCUUGGUGAAAUCAUCGAGCGAGCAUCUCCCGAGCAAUAUUAUAACGGAUUCGAUUGCUCAAAGAUUGGCUGGAUUCAAAAAAGACCUGUAGAGUUAACAAAGGCGACGCCCGUCAGGAGGGAAAAGUAUCUCGAGGAGUAUUACGAAUACAGGAACUUCACCUCUGGACCCGGCUCGCUACACACUAGCAAAAUGAACAUUCAUCAAGUGUUGGGCUUCAUUGGUCACGUACACGAAAAAAAUUGCAACAAUUUUACGAAAGAGCAACUUAAACUACCUGGUGACAUUGGUUUUGGAGCAGAUGAAUUUUACGAGAACGAGGCGAAAAUGGCCGUCCGUCUAGCUAACUUUAUCAGCGCCUUUUUGCAAGUGUCCGACCCCGAGGAAGUGUACUCGGGCAAACGUGUUGCCGAUAAACCAUUGAACGAGGAUCAAAUGUUAGCUGAAGUUGUAGCUCUGCUCUUUGGCAACUCGAGGAUGUGGUCAGCAGGAAUUUAUUGGGAUCGUAAUAAGUUUACCAACCGCACGUAUUUCGCGCCCUACGCCUACAAGGAGGAGCGUAACGCGCUCAAAUUGAAAGUCGAAGAUCUAGCCAGAUUAAACUCUUCAGAGGAGAUUUACACGAAUAACGAGUGGUUCCAACUGCUGAAGAACCGUUGGGCGGCAAAUCACGACGAUCUAGAGAAAUACUUCCUAAAAAUGAUGGUGCGCUACAACGAGACCGGAGAAUCGCUGAAAAAAUAUGAGCGCUACCCGACAUUUUACAGGGCAGCAAACCUGAACCACGGCUACUGGACCGUCCCUUAUUUCGAUUGUAACGGCAAAGUGAAGAAAUGGUUAAUUACCUAUGCAUCCCCCUUUUUCGGCUGGGACAGCCUCAAAGACAAACUGGAAUUCAAGGGUGUCGUUACUGUGACCAUGGACUUGCUACAGCUGGAUAUCAACCAGUGUGACGAUAAAUUCAAUGUUCCCAACGCGUUCAAGGGGACGCACAAGUGCGACAAAAAAUCCUCAUACUGCGUACCGAUAUUGGGUCGUGGAUUCGACAGUGGCGGCUACAAGUGCGAAUGCAAACAAGGCUUCGAGUAUCCGCUAGAAGAUCUGAUAACGUAUUUCGAUGGACAAUUGGUUGAAGCUGAGUUCACCAAUGUCGUUGAGGACAAAGUCUCUAGGUAUGACAUCUAUAAAUGUCGUUUGGCUGGAGCUGCCUCUAUACAGUCCAGCUGGGUACUUUUAGUGUUGAGCAUAGCACUAUUUGUCCGGUUCAAUCGCCGGUAAAAGAAGUGAUCUACUCUACAUAGUACUUUUAACAAAAUGAUGAUAUCGUGCCUUUAUAUCGAACAAACUUUUCCUGCUAUAUUAAUACUUUUGUAAAAUACGAUUUCAUCUCGUGAUAGACGUAGUUGUAUUUUUAAGUAUUUCAGAAUCCAAAGCAGAUAAAUUUGAUGCAAUGUUUUUUACAACCACUUACCAUUAUAGUAUAACAUUUUUGUUACAUAAGUAUAAUAAAGUGACGUGCAACGAUACGAAAAUUUUAUAAUGAAAAAUCGUGUAUCAUGACGAAAGCAAUUGUAAUGAUCUGCCUGUUACUUCCCGCCUAUAGUGGGACGUUACUCAACACUGCCUAUGAUUAGAUAUUUUGAUAUUAUUUACAAAUAAUUAUAAAAUACUCCGUCUACACACUAAAAGUGUAUUCUGUCCAAUUAACAUUUCUACAAUAAAUAUUAUGAUUAAAUAUUUUAUAUCAUAUGUGAUUUUUUACUAUUAAAUAAAGA